AUGUUCUAUCGCUACGCCUGUGCUCCAGCCAACAAGGAUCAGCGGCGAGUUGCGAAGCGGCUACAAAAGAUACAAACAAUAAGCAUUUAUGUUUGGUUUCUUACUAUCACCGCCGUCAACUUCUCACAGCUUCUGUCUCUUCCUUGUUUUGACGAUUGCUGCAAUAAACUUCGAAUUUGGGUUACUAAGUACCCUAUUCCCAAAACCUUAGAGGCACAAGAUCGCAUCCUUCUCAAAGCCUUAAAAAAGGACUCGAAACUGAAGAGAAGGCCUAGGUGGCCCUCACCACCACCAGAAAAUAACUAUCCGGUGCAAAGGAGACUGGAGGUGACAGAAGAUACCUUGUGCCCUGGAUUACAACUUCAAAUCAGCGUUGCUCCGAAUAAAACAGUCCUGGAAAAACAACAAUUCCUCGAAAACAUUGAUGGAAUGUGUAAGGAGGAUGAUUCCAGCAUUACAAAAGUUACUUGCGAUGAGGAGUUUACUCAACUUCUAAAGCAACCAUUCAAGAAGGCCGUUCUAUGGAAAAAGUAUACGCAGGACCACCCUCUCCAUGGACUCCCAUCAUCCAUUCCAGACCUUCUCCAGGAGUUACGCCUGAUAGGUAUAAAAGAGUUGGAUGUUUAUAACUAUGCGGCGACCAAGACAAACUAUCCCAAGACACUUAACGAGCUUAUUGAGCACUUCGCAGCGCCUCCUGGAACUCGGGACCCGCUGAACUGUCUGGAUAUUCGCAACUUAUUCAUUUCCCGCGUACCAGCGCACAUCAAUGAUGCAGAUUUCCUUCGUUUAUCGCGACGGCGGCACGGAAGUUCGGCAAGGGCCUCAAAAGCCAAAAAAAUGCGUUCCAUGCUGGACUUUGCCGACCGUGAGUUCCUCCUGGCCUCGAGCCAGAACUCUAUCUCCACUCUACACGGGGACACCGCAGGAGGCUUGACUUAUAUUAUUGUUCUCUCAGGGCGCAAGACCUGGUACCUACCUCGCUUAUUUGAUAGGGAGUCAUCAGAAAUUCUGGCAACCUUUGGAAGCUCCACGCCGGAGGCCUACGAUGAAUUUAUCAAAAUCGACCUUCGCCCCGGCGACCUGCUUGUUAUGCCUCCUGGGUGUCCCCAUGCUGUCUUCACACCAGAGCAUUCGUUGACAUUUGGAGGGGCCUUCUACACACUACCACUUCUCGGGUCCAGCCUCAGAAUUCUGGGGAUACAGGACAGGGCUGGUCACAUUUUCAGCAAUGAAGAUAUUAGUGAGCGAGACCUCACCAACUUCAUCGAGAUGCUCAAGACCUGUGAGGCUCUGCUGCGAGAAAAGCUUUUGAGCCCUGGGCAAUUGGCGAGCGUUGUAUCAAGUAAUACUUUCGCAGAGCCUACAGACAAUAGGCUGAAGCAGACGAUUCGCGAGCAAAUCACCAGACUUCAGCGGGAGGUAGAAAAACGGAUUGAACAAGACUCUUCUCAAAUACAUUCGACCACUGCUGCUCAUCUCGUGUCAAUACAGCACCAAGACAGAUAA